UGCUUGUAGACGUGGGGGAGGAGGAUCUGCAUUAACGCCCCCCACUGUGCCCACCGCGCAUCACCUCCAUUUCUGCAAAUACCGCCCGUGGAGUAGAAGCGGCGACCGGACUCCCAAACACAGAGGUGGGGCAACUGCCGUGACCGUGUCUCGGAAACUACAACAGGUCGCCUUUUGAGACUCCUUUGGCGGGAAGGGGCACUUGGAAAGGGAAGGUUUGAAAGCGCGAAAAGAGAAGAGAGAAAGGUUCCCUAAUUCGUCAAAAGAGUAUCACUGGGUGACUGUCCUUCCUCCUCUUCUCUAUCCUACACGAGGCAUAUUGACCCCUCCUUAUCCAGACUGUGUGUGUGGGGUGGGAGAAAUCGCAAACACCUGUUUGAAGAAACUGCUGCACCUAAAGUCACCUGUGUGCUGAUUUGUGCCAGGGGGUGGCUGGGUUCUGUUUCUGAAAGAGAUUUAAUAAGGUUUUUUUUUUUUUUUUUUUGGUGGUGGUUGUUAGGACAUUGCAGUUGUUCUGUUAUUACUCCUAAAUACUUGUCUCUGAGUACUAUAACUUCACCAGGAGCCCUACCUUGAAAUCAGUGAUACCUCUGCAACACUUUUCUCGGCAAUAUUUUAUUUGAAGGGAGAAAGCAGGUUUGUUUGUAGCUACUUCAGCUUACUGUAGAGGCCUGGUUACCCUCUCGUCGCCUCCACCCCCAAGGAACCAUGGCAGCGGGGGUAGCAGCAUGGCUGCCCUUUGCCAGGGCAGCAGCCAUCGGGUGGAUGCCUGUGGCCUCGGGGCCCAUGCCAGCUCCUCCGAGACAGGAAAGAAAAAGAACUCAAGAUGCUCUAAUUGUACUGAAUGUUAGUGGCACCCGUUUCCAGACGUGGCAGGACACCCUGGAACGCUACCCAGACACUCUGCUGGGAAGCUCUGAGAGGGACUUUUUCUACCAUCCAGAGACUCAGCAGUAUUUCUUUGACCGUGACCCAGACAUCUUCCGCCACAUUCUGAAUUUCUACCGCACUGGGAAGCUCCACUAUCCUCGCCAUGAAUGCAUCUCUGCUUAUGAUGAAGAGUUGGCCUUCUUUGGCCUCAUCCCAGAAAUUAUUGGCGACUGUUGUUAUGAGGAGUACAAGGAUCGCAGGCGGGAGAACGCCGAGCGUCUCCAGGACGAUGCUGACACUGACAACACGGGCGAGAGCGCGCUGCCCACCAUGACUGCUCGGCAGAGGGUCUGGCGGGCCUUUGAGAACCCCCACACCAGCACAAUGGCCUUGGUGUUCUACUAUGUUACGGGGUUCUUCAUUGCCGUUUCAGUCAUUGCCAAUGUGGUGGAAACAGUACCAUGUGGGUCUAGCCCAGGUCACAUUAAAGAACUGCCCUGUGGAGAGCGGUAUGCAGUGGCCUUCUUCUGCUUGGAUACAGCCUGCGUCAUGAUCUUCACAGUCGAGUACUUGCUUCGCCUGGCUGCAGCCCCCAGUCGUUACCGUUUUGUGCGUAGUGUCAUGAGUAUCAUCGAUGUGGUAGCCAUCCUGCCUUAUUACAUUGGGCUGGUGAUGACGGACAAUGAGGAUGUCAGCGGAGCCUUUGUCACACUCCGAGUCUUUCGGGUCUUCCGGAUCUUUAAGUUUUCCCGCCAUUCUCAAGGCCUGCGCAUACUGGGAUACACGCUGAAGAGCUGUGCCUCAGAACUGGGCUUCUUGCUCUUCUCGCUCACCAUGGCUAUCAUCAUUUUUGCUACAGUUAUGUUCUACGCAGAGAAAGGUUCUUCAGCUAGCAAGUUCACCAGCAUCCCUGCUGCCUUCUGGUAUACCAUUGUCACCAUGACAACACUAGGGUAUGGUGACAUGGUACCCAAAACCAUAGCAGGGAAGAUUUUUGGUUCCAUCUGUUCACUAAGUGGGGUCUUGGUCAUUGCGCUACCUGUUCCAGUGAUUGUCUCCAACUUCAGUCGGAUCUACCACCAGAAUCAACGAGCAGACAAACGGAGGGCACAGAAGAAAGCCAGACUGGCUAGGAUCCGGGCAGCCAAAAGUGGCAGUGCAAACGCUUACAUGCAGAGCAAACGGAAUGGCUUACUCAGUAAUCAGCUACAGUCCUCAGAGGAAGAGCAAGCCUUUGUGAGCAAAUCCGGCUCCAGCUUUGAAACCCAGCACCACCACCUGCUUCACUGCCUGGAAAAAACCACGAAUCACGAGUUCGUGGAUGAACAAGUCUUUGAAGAAAGCUGCAUGGAAGUUUCAACUGUCAAUCGCCCUUCAAGUCACAGUCCCUCUCUCUCGUCACAAGGAGUCACUAGCACUUGCUGUUCACGACGACACAAAAAAACUUUCCGCAUCCCAAAUGCCAACGUAUCAGGGAGCCACCGAGGCAGCGUGCAGGAACUCAGUACGAUUCAGAUCAGAUGUGUGGAGAGAACACCACUAUCGAACAGCCGGUCAAGUUUAAAUGCCAAAAUGGAAGAGUGUGUUAAACUAAACUGUGAACAACCUUAUGUGACUACAGCAAUAGUAAGCAUCCCAACACCUCCAGUAACCACACCAGAAGGAGAUGACAGGCCAGAAUCUCCUGAAUACUCAGGAGGGAAUAUUGUUCGAGUGUCUGCUUUGUAAAACAAAUGGGAAUAAAGUCUAAGAGAAUGUGAGCCUGGGCUGUGAAAAGAAUCCUUAAUGCGGAAGAAAGAAGAAACGCUAAACCUUUCUCAGAUUAAAACGGUGAAGCAAGGAGGUUGGUAGUGAGACCAAAACAUAGCUCCUGAACUUGAGGAUGUGAACAAGACCACCAAACGGCAUUUCCAGACAGACUUCGACCUGUUAGACAGCAAAAUAUUCUGUGGCCCUUUGACUUUGUGAAUGAGCACA